AUGGCAAAACAGCUUCUCGGAAAUGUGUUGCUAUCAUUUUCAAUCGCAUUACUUCUGCACGCGGCGUUUUCUACGUAUGAACACUUGUCACAUCUAAAGGCGUUGGGAAGGCCAGAGGAUUUACUGCCCUUCGACAUAAUAUUGGAAACACUAUUGUCUCUUGCCUUUGGAAUUUUCUCAGCUUCGAUUCGGGCUCCAGAGACCCGUGAGAUUACAUGGGCAAGCGAGAUGAAGAAAUGGUCAAUCGACGAUAUGGAUUCUCGGUUGGGAUUCGCGAAUUUCGUCACUAGAGGAACGGUUCUGGGGGCUAGUAGUACUCACUCAUGA